AGGGGGAUUGCUGGAGAUCUCAUUUUGCUUUUGUGCAUAGAGCACCUAAAUCACGGAUGCUAUUUGCAGAGGGGGCAGGAAAGCCUGCUGGAUGCUGAAGGAUUUUUAGUGAGUGUUGAGCAACCCAGGUCCCUAACCAUAUUUACUCGACAACAAGUCCUGGUGCUGGUUGCAGUGGGGUUCCCUUUCAAGUAGGUGUCGUGAGGAUUGCAACCAGAGAGAGAGGGAGUCACAUCCCACGAGGCUUCAGAUGCAAGCGACAACUGGCUUGUUUUUAAAAGUGUACAUGCUGCUGCGUUAACCUGUUCAGUAUAUGCAUGCAUACUGUACUAGCAUGUUAACAAGCCAGUCUAGCCACACUGACGCUAGCAGGUUCCCCAGCGACACAUCAUCUCCUUCCGCUGCCCACAAAAGGCAAGUAUUAUUAGGGCAUCGACAGCGGUUGGUAAACGUACUAGACAAGAUCUCUCAUCAAGGAAGUAUAGUUAAUUAGUGUUAUGUAUUAUGCCUUCUAAAAGGAAAGUGUUGCCUUCUCUGCAAGCUGUUCAAACUUCAGGAAAGCCUGGAAGUGUGCCUUAUAUGAAUGCAUCAGGCGAAGAAGUGAAAAUCUCGAAAGCCCAGCAGGAUGUGAAGCCCAGAGAUGAGCAGUAACUACUGCAACAACGCGUCAUUGAGCAUGAGUGUCAACGAGGUGUCCACCUUUCCCCUCACUCUGGAACAAAAAACCGGCUUUGCCUUCGUGGGGAUCCUGUGUGUCUUUUUGGGACUUCUGAUUAUCAGAUGCUUCAAAAUCUUAUUAGACCCUUAUAGCAGUAUGCCAUCCUCCACGUGGGAGGAUGAGGUGGAAGGGCUGGAUAAGGGGACGUUUGAAUAUGCGCUUGCAUGAAAUACUCCAAAAAAAAAUUACCCUGCCUUAAUUCUUAUGUGUGUUUUUUCAUUUGGGGUGGGGAAGGGGCCCUGGAAUUCCUUAGUAAGGACGCAUUUGUAACAGACCCCUAUGUUUUGAAGACAUGGGGUGGCAUUUUGGCUUUCUUUUGUUAAAUAAAGGCUUUGUUGCAGAUUCAUAAUUA